CUUUCGCUUCCGGUUGCGGCGUGACGGGAAGGCCGAAGCGGGAGCCAUGGGUCUGAGCGCGGAGGAGGCGGCCGAGCAGGAGGAUCGUUUUGACGGGAUGUUGCUCGCCAUGGCCCAGCAGCACCAGGGCGGCGUGCGGGAGCUUGUGAACACCUUCUUUAGUUUCCUGAGGCGUAAAACAGAUUUCUUCACUGGUGGAGAAGACGGAGUAGCGGAGAAGCUGAUCACAGAAACCUUCAGCUAUCACAACAAACUAGCUCAGAAGGAGCGGAAAGAGAAAAAGGCUCAGCAAGAGGCAGAGCGGCGUGAAAAGGCAGAGAGAGCUGCCAAACUUGCUAGAGAAAAGCAAGAAGCAAACGAGCCAAGGAUUAAGGAACUUACAGAUGAGGAAGCAGAAAGGCUGCAGCUGGAGAUUGACCAGAAGAAGGAGGCACAGGGAGAGGUUAACAGUGUCCCAGUGAAACCCUCGGAGGCCGGAGGUGACUCUCUGGAUUCUAGCAAACAGGAAACAGAUGACGAAGAGGAAGAUGAGAAGGAUAAAGGAAAACUUAAACCAAAUUCUGGCAAUGGAGCUGACCUUCCCAAUUACAGAUGGACACAGACUCUUUCAGAGCUGGAUCUGGCGGUCCCUUUCAAGGUGAACUUCAGGUUGAAGGGGAAGGACGUGGUGGUAGAUAUCCAGAGACGACGCCUCAAAGUUGGUCUGAAGGGCCACUCGCCGGUCAUUGAUGGAGAGCUUUUCAAUGAAGUGAAGGUGGAAGAGAGCUCCUGGCUGAUUGAAGAUGGGAAAACAGUCACCGUCCACCUGGAGAAGAUUAACAAGAUGGAAUGGUGGAACAAACUGGUCUCCACAGACCCAGAAAUCAAUACCAAGAAAAUUAACCCAGAGAACUCAAAGUUGUCAGACCUGGACAGCGAGACUCGCAGCAUGGUGGAAAAAAUGAUGUACGAUCAACGACAGAAAUCCAUGGGCCUCCCCACGUCUGACGAACAGAAGAAGCAAGACAUUUUGAAAAAGUUCAUGGAACAGCAUCCAGAAAUGGACUUUUCAAAGGCUAAAUUCAACUGAACCCACCCCUUCUCCCCCCUCUUUCAGUCAGCCCAUCGAACGGGGCAGGAUAAGUGUGGCUGGGUACGUAGGGACCCCUUACCCUGGGCAAGUAAACACUUCCAGCAUCCCCACCUGAGCCUGCUGCGGAGGCAGCUUCAUGAAGUCGCCCUCGGUUGUCUUGUGUUGAGCAGAACACAAGGCCACAGAAUCAGCCUGCAGCAGCUCCAGUCAGCGCCAUCUGCGAUGCUUCCCAAGCGGCAGCCGGGAGAGAUGGGGAGGGGUCAGAGCAAAAAGGCUGUAGGGUCUGGAAGAGUCAGGCUCGAGAGGUUUGGGGACAUAUCCUUAGUGCAUUGCUUAGCUUCAUCUCCUGGCUCUUCGAGCUGCUCGUCUAUGCUUUGCCAUUUUGCUUUGGCAGCAGGUACUUUCCAGUUUUUCUCCCUUCCCCCUCGGCUUUCGCACUCUCCUGCAAAAUCAAGGGCCAGUUUAUUUUGUAAAACAAUUCUCCUUCUGCCUCCUUGGGAGGGGAAAACAUCAAUCUGGGAAAAAAAAACCCCAGCUACUGCAGCAGAGAUGGACUCGGCUAGUCCUUGCUGCUGCUUCUGUUCUUGCCAGAAGUGGCGCAGACCGACCCCUGCAGGGCUCCAUCACAACCAGAGAGGUUGUCCUGCUGUCCUACAGCGAGGCAGGGCUGGAGAGUCUGGCUGUGGGCAAGGGAGAGGAUAUAGAGUGAGGUUUAGGGGGUGCUGUUCUUGCUGGGAGCGUCUCCUGCCUCUUUUUCCAAGAGCCUCUCUCCCUGCUGACUACUGAAAGGCAUCGCUGCGUUCUGUUCUGAGCUCCUGCUGAUGAGUGGCAUUAAUUCUGCAUGUCCGUAUCAUUGUAAAACUGCAACAUAAAGGAAAA